CACCCAGUCGCUCUACCUUUUACAUCGAGUACGACGGCCAACGUUCUCUUGCGAGUUUACAGACAUGGUUGCUCAAACUCAGUUGUGCUUCAUCAACACCUUCCCAAACCAGGAAGACAUAACGCACAGGAGGACAGCUCGUAAGCACUCGGCCCGAGUGACGCACGCGCGCCAGCGACAGGCGCGGAUCGAGCAGUAUCAGCUAGAGAAGCAGCAACGACCGCAGAUAUGCACGCCGCCUACCGGACAGCUGGUCCGACCAAUCUCAGAGCACGAGAAGAAGCUCCUAGAACACUUCUUCCAUGUCACGAUACCGCAUCAGGCUCAUCACUGUGUCUGCACCGGCUGUGCAUCCAAGUCACAGGUGCAGCCAGACAUCCCCUCAGCCGGACUAGUGCCAGCUACGUAUCGAGGCGAGGCCGGUAAGGAGAUUCGCUGCCGUGUGGCAAUUUUUACAGACUGGGCAAAGUUGGCCCUCACGCAGAGGGAUGCGCUCGAAGGCGUCUUGCUUGCCGCACAUCGGCAGGUUGUGCUUGCUAAUCGGCGGCUGCAAACACUAUCUGCAGGACUGGAAAUGCCUGGGCUCGGCUAUAUCCCUCACAAGAACCGGCCUCUGCUGGACUGCGCGGCUUUGGAACGCAAGGCAUCGUGCAUCGAGACACUCCGCCGAGGCCUGGCAGGGGAAAGCGAUGAGAGUCCAGAUAGUUCCAAGAGAGAGGACAGAGAGGCAGUAAUAUUGGCCAUCCUGUUCCUGGCGGCUGAUGAGGUGUGGCACGGCGGACGUGACGCAGCGGUUGUGCAUAUGACAGCAGCCACACAGCUGAUGGGCCAAGAUGAACGAGGUGUCGCACGAAUCCAGUCCGGGUCAAGAAACCCCGAUCGUUUCCACGAGGAACUCAUGGAUAUCCUUGGUCACGAAAUUCGGGCUCUCCCGACCGGCGGAGUUUUCAGCCACUUUAACCACCACUGAUAGUACACGCAGAGAUGUAAUAUGGACAUGCACGGAUGUGGCUAAAACAUAUUCCUAUUCAUCACUGGACGCGAGGCUGGGGGCUUUUCUUGGCCCACGUUACGCCAUGUAUUUGUCUGUGCCCAGCUUGGUGUCAAAGACAUGCUCGUUCAAGCCUUCGCCUGCGCGGCAAACUGAGCCCGCUUGCGCUUGAUGCCCGCGACAACGUCAUCCUCAGGAAAAGUGCUCUUGACCGAUGGAACCUCGGCGACAGCCGUUGCCCAGCGAUAGAAGUUGGGCGCCUUGGUCUGGAGCUCUGCCGAGAGAUCCUUGAUGAUGUCGUGCUUCGGAAGCCUCAGGAGGCGAAUGACGAAGGAACCAGUUUGCACCUGACAAUGGUCAGAAGAAUCCUCAGCAUAUUUUAACAUCGACAAAAUAAAGAUGCAGCCAGAUAUCGGAUCAAUACAUACCUCUGCGAGCGUG